AUGUCUGCCUCACCGCCAGCAGCCCUUACCCAGUCGACAAAACGGCCUCUCGAGGACCCGUCUUCUCCCUCUGCCCCUACCGACCAGCCAGAAGCGAAGCGCCCAGCCUUAGACAAGGUUGUCAAAAGUGACAGCGAGGACCAGAAGGCAUCCUCGGAAACUCCGGAAUUGCCUGUGGUUAGCUCAUCGCCUGAUACCAAGAAAGAAUCGACCAACGGCACCAAGGAGGAAGAAGUGAAGGACGAGCAAGGCGAUACUGUGGUCCCAGAUGCUGCACCCCAAUCAAUCGAAACCACUGCGACCUCCACCCGGGAUCAAAGCACAACUGGAUCUAACCUUCCACAUGAUGAAAGCACCUGGAUCCAUAUUCGGGCUGUCAUCACCAGCGUAGAAGCUGCCACUGUUAUUGGCAAGGGCGGCGAGAAUGUCUCGCAAAUCAGGAAAAUGUCGGGCGCAAAGUGCACUGUCAGUGAUUAUGAAAAGGGCGCUGUCGAAAGGAUCCUGACGGUUAGCGGUGUUGUUGAUGCUGUUGCCAAGGCGUUUGGGUUGAUUAUUCGCACACUCAACAAUGAGCCGCUCGAAGCCCCUUCGAAUUCUGACUCUAAAACCUACCCGCUCCGUCUGCUCAUCCCCCAUAUCCUAAUCGGCUCUAUCAUUGGCAAAGGUGGUAACAGAAUUCGUGAGAUCCAAGAAGCGUCGGGUGCUCGACUGAAUGCGUCCGACUCCUGCCUUCCUCUAUCAACUGAGCGCUCGCUGGUUGUCCUCGGUGUUGCGGAUGCUGUCCACAUUGCGACUUACUACGUGGGCAGUACUCUAUUCGAGCAACUCUCAGAGAGAUUUGGCGGUCCUGCCGCGUCUGCUUACGCUUCUCGAAGUGGUGGUCCAGCUGGAGUUGUUCCUGGAGGCAUGCAGGUUGUACCUUAUGUUCCUCAGCCCGCUGGUGGUAACUAUGGCCAUCCUGAUAGCCACCGCCGCAUGGAUCGUGGACAACACACGCCUGCUCCUGCUUAUGGUCAACCAUAUGCACAAGGUCAACCUACCCCACACCAACCCGCUGUUCCCCUGCACUACGGUGGCUCGCCCGCGGUUGCAGGUUAUGGUGGAGUUGGCCCUCAGCAACCUCAAGCUCCUCAUGCUGGCCCACAAUCCCAUGCCGGGCCACCAGCUCAGCCCAUGCAAGGAUUGGUACCUGGUCAACCAUUGACUCAGCAAAUCUUCAUUCCCAACGAUAUGGUCGGUGCAAUUAUUGGCAAGGGUGGAGCCAAAAUCAAUGAGAUUAGACAGCUGAGUGGUAGCGUUAUCAAGAUUAACGAGCCCCAGGACAACAGUAACGAGCGACUGGUCACCAUCACGGGAACCCAAGAGUGCAAUCAAAUGGCAUUAUACAUGCUGUAUUCAAGACUCGAGAGUGAAAAACACCGCAUCUAA